UAAGGGGGAACUCUCUCUCAUACAAAGAAGAUGCGAAGAGGGGGAGAGAGAGAGAGGAGUCAGAUCUUGGAAAUUUCUCUACUCCUCUCGUCCUCUCCUCUCUCCAAAAGCCCACGACUUGGUCUAAAGCAACGCCCUUUUAUCUCUCUCUCUCUGUAUCAAUCCUCUUCUCUCGCUCUCUCUCUCUCUCUCUCUCUCUCUCUUCUGUUUCCAGAUAUCUUGUUCCGGUCGGCUCGACGAGUUUAUUUCACCGGAGAGGGCUAUAUUUUCACCCAUAAGUUGCGUGGCCAAGGAGAAUAGUUCUGCUGUUAUCGAUUCAUUGAUAAGAUAAUUUUUCACAUGCUACCAGUCAAUAGGAGCAGAAGUCAGCCGAGGGCCGGUAGAUCUUGGCCCUUCUCAGGAAUGGAGUUCUCAGAUUCAAGACGCAAGCCUCAUUUUCUUGGGAAAGUAAUCACCGCCGUUGUUCUUACGGCCUUGUGCAUAUAUAUUCUGAAGCAAUCCCCUGGUUUUGGUGGCACUAGUGUGUUUUCACGUCAUGACCCCGGAGUAACCCAUGUCUUAGUAACUGGAGGUGCUGGCUAUAUUGGUUCGCACGCUGCGCUUCGGCUCUUAAAGGACUCCUAUCGAGUUACUAUCGUGGAUAACCUCUCUAGAGGAAAUAUGGGUGCCGUGAAAGUCCUCCAGGAGCUAUUCCCGGAGCCUGGGAGACUUCAAUUUAUCUAUGCUGAUUUGGGCGAUGCGAAAGCUGUGAACAAAAUAUUCGCAGAGAAUGCAUUCGAUGCUGUAAUGCACUUUGCCGCAGUCGCAUAUGUUGGCGAGAGUACAAUGGAACCUCUUCGGUACUAUCACAAUAUCACGGCUAAUACUUUGACUGUUCUGGAGGCCAUGGCAGCUCAUGGUGUGAAAACUCUGAUUUAUUCAAGUACAUGUGCGACUUACGGAGAACCUAAGAAGAUGCCGAUUACGGAAGUUACUCCUCAGUCUCCUAUCAACCCGUAUGGGAAAGCCAAGAAAAUGGCGGAGGACAUUAUAUUAGAUUUCUCAAAGAGAUCAGACAUGGCUGUUAUGAUACUAAGGUACUUUAAUGUCAUUGGAUCGGACCCAGAAGGUAGAUUAGGGGAAGCUCCUAGACCGGAAUUGCGAGAGCAUGGCAGGAUAUCUGGGGCGUGCUUCGAUGCGGCUUUAGGAGUUAUUCCGGGACUUAAGGUUAAAGGAACGGACUAUCCGACAGCUGACGGAACCUGUAUCAGAGACUAUAUCGAUGUCACAGAUCUAGUCGAUGCGCAUGUCAAGGCACUUGACAAGGCGGAGCCUAAGAAAGUUGGCAUUUACAAUGUUGGCACCGGACAAGGUAGAUCAGUAAAGCAGUUUGUGGAAGCAUGCAAGCAAGCAACCGGAGCAAAGAUAAAAGUCGAGUAUCUCAGCCGCAGGCCGGGAGACUAUGCCGAAGUCUACAGCGACCCCGCGAAGAUCAACCACGAGCUCAACUGGACGGCCCGCUACACCGACCUGCAGGAGAGCCUCUCGAUCGCGUGGCGAUGGCAGAGAUCGCAUCCCAACGGCUACGGGAGAUCCUAAAAACACAUAGCUUGUCGAUUCAACUCCUCUGAAUAUGAGAGAUAGAAUUUGGGCACGAGUUUGUUUUCUACCAUGUAUUGUAUUGCGUAAAUUUUAUCAUAAGAGGGUGAUAUUUUUUUGGCAAAAUUUGGUAGGGGUCAGGAUAGGAGCAUAUAUUUCAUUUAUUAUUAUUUUUUUCCUUACAUGUCAGCAAAACAGAAUCUAAUAACCAGUUCAGUUGAUUGCUAUACACCCCUCUCCCCCACCUUGAUUAAUCUCAUGUGUAUUAUGCUUUUGUUAUAAAUUAUGGUGAAUCUAAAGGCCUCUCUUUGUAA